GAUUUCCACUUCCGGUACACAUGUAAACAUGGGAAAAAUGAAGAAAACUAAAACUACUCGCCAAGCUGGCGUUUCUUUGGCAGAUCAAGUGCUGGAGGAUGGUGUGGUUAAACCGACGGGAAGACUUAAGUCGAGAGAAAAGACUGAAAAGGACGACGAGUUUGUUGAUGACAAACUGUCGAGGAAGAUUCUGGAACAGGCUCGUCAACAGCAGGAAGACUUGGAGGAGGAGCAUGGCAUACAGAGGAAAGGCCAAUCAAAAAAGGCCAAGCAGGUCCGCCUUGGUGGGGCAAAGUCUUUGGGGGCGGAGUCAGAUGAGUCAGAGGACGAAGAAGAGGAGGCGCCCCAUGGGGAAUUCUAUGAACAUAUUGAGGUGGAUGAAGAAGACGAGGCGGCACUGGCCAAGUUUAUGUCCCACAAUCCCCCCGCCAGGCGUACACUGGCAGAUAUCAUACAGGAGAAGCUGACAGAGAAAAAGACAGAAAUACAGAGCCACAUGACAGACAAUGCCAGUGUACAGUUAGACCAACUGGAAGAAAGGCUUGUGGCCAUGUACAAAAGUAUCCGCCAGAUCCUACAGAGAUAUCGCAGUGGGAAACUUCCCAAAGCCUUCAAAGUGAUACCUGGUCUACGGAAUUGGGAACAGAUCCUUUACCUGACAGAGCCAGAGACUUGGUCAGCCGCAGCGACAUACCAGGCCUCAAGAAUAUUUACAUCCAAUCUCAACGCCAAGAUGGCACAAAGAUUUUUCAAUCUGGUUCUACUGCCUCGAGUCAGAGAUGAUAUUUCGGAAUACAAAAGGCUUAACUUCCAUCUGUAUAUGGCACUGAAGAAGUCCCUAUUCAAGCCGGCAGCAUUUUUCAAGGGCAUCCUUCUUCCAUUAUGUGAGGCUGGAAACUGCACACUACGAGAGGCAGUGAUUCUAUCCAGUGUACUGGUGAAGAACUCCAUCCCCAUGCUCCACUCAGCGGCCGCCCUGCUGAAGAUUGCAGAGAUGGAUUAUAACGGAGCCAAUAGCAUCUUCAUACGUGCUCUUCUCGAUAAGAAAUACGCCCUGCCGUACAGAGUUGUGGAUGCCUUGGUCUUCCAUUUUGUGAAAUUUACGACAGACAAGAGGGAGUUACCAGUGUUAUGGCACCAGAGUCUUCUCACGUUUGUUCAGCGGUACAAGGAGGACAUUUCUAGUGAACAGAAGGAGGCCCUGAUGGAGGUGUUACGGGCACACACGCACGAACAUAUCACGCCGGAAGUGAGACGGGAACUUGUGAACUCCAAAUGUAGAGACUUAGAAACAAGUGAACCUUCUGCAGGAUUCGCAGAAAUGGAUGAUUGAAAGUGGUGUAACAUUUGUUUGGCUUAUUUUAAAAUUGUUAAGGAUUGUUUUAUACGCCUUUAAAUGAAGUUUAUUAAAAGGAAUUAACAAGUCAUAAUGGUAUGUUAUUGUGAAGACACUCCUCUGGGCCCAUUUUCAAUAAAGAUCAUAAGGGUAAAGAUCGUGAAUUGCUAUACCUUACCCUGUUUGGUGCAUAUAAUGUGUGUCAAUAAAAAUAUCAUAAGACCAUUUGUCUUAUAGAUACUUCCCGUUAUUUUAGGGUCAUCCCUGAGCACACUUAUGUAGCGUAUGAUUAUGACUAAGAUAUUGUACUGAAAUUUUGAAAUUAAUGUCAUACAAUGUUUGAAUAAUUAUAAUUAUUUUUUUUAUUUGAA